AUUCCCGACAGAAUCCACACUGUCAAGGAUACUAUUAAACAACUGCCAUUACUCUAUGCCGAACAAAUAACGAUGGCUCUUCUUGUACGUUGUAGAAGGUCAGUGGUACCCAAAUCUCAUCACUCCGUUUGUGCAUUGUGAUUUCUUCUAAAAAAGUUAAAAACUCUGGGUGAAAUCUGAAUCCCCUGUUUGGUUGCUUUUGUUGCAAUUUUUUUUUUCUUUUAGUCUUUCUAGAAUUUGUUUUAAAAGGGUAUAUUGAUAAGAGUGGAACGAAGGUAAUUGAACCCACAUGCAGAUUCUGGGUCGGUUUGUUUUGUUGGUGAUUGCCUGCUCUGUUCUUGAGUUGCAUAAGGAGUUUUUACAGGUUUUUUUAGGGACUUUUGUGAUGGAUUGUGCUUCAUGCUUGAGGUUUCUGUUUCCAGGAAACGAGUUUUCUGGAUUUGGGCUUUUGGUUUUUGGUCGUUUCUCCCAUGUUUUCAAUGUGUUGGGGCUGGUUUUGGUGAUAGGUAUGGGGUUAAAGGUCUUGCAAUUUGGUUUGAGUAAUAAGGGUGUACUUCAAUUUGUAUGUGAUGCUAUAGGGAAAUCGAAUGAUUCGAAUUCGAAACAUGAGUUGUCGGAGAUCUAUGAUUCAAAUAUUCGAAAACCUGGAGAUCAUUGCAAAGAAUUUGUCAAGAAAGAUACCAAUUUCGAAGCUAAAUAUGCUAUAGAAGAUGUAACUGAUGAGAAUGAAAAAGAAUGUUGUCCUGAAGACGAAGAAUUCGAUGUAAUGGCAUUGAGGAAAUUGGUUAAAACCGAAAGGAGAAGAACAAAAGCCUGUUAUCAAGAGCUCGAGAAGGAAAGGCUCGCUGCUUCAUCUGCAGCGGACGAGGCGAUGGCCAUGAUUUUGCGCCUCCAGACCGAGAAAAGUUUGGUGGAAAUGGAGGCUAGUCAGUUCAAGAGAAUGGUGGAACAGAAGCACGAAUAUGAUCAACGAGUCAUUGAAUCACUGCAAUGGAUUGUGAUGAAACAUGAAUCGGAGAGGAGUUCACUGGAAAAACAACUGCUGUCGUGCAAGCAGAAGUUGAAGCUUUAUAUGAAAGAUGAUGAAUUAGGCCAACUAGAACUCGAUGCAGGCCUCGGCUUUUUUCAAGAUUCUCAAGAACAUGGUAUGGAGAAUGCAUUACUUAGCUCACUUGAAACUUCAACUUAAUUGUUGCAAGUUGUUCAUGAUAGUUCAUUCUUAGGGUUGAGUUGAAUGGUACACAUUUAGGUGCUAAAAAUGAUGCCUUUUCGAGUUCAGAAACGAGUUAAAACACUAGAGUUUAGCUAAAUAUGAACACCGAUUGCAGUUGUGCAAGCAGAAGUUGAAGCUUCACAUGAAAGAUGAUGCAUUAGGCCAAUUCGAGAACUCGAUGCAGGUCUUGGCUGUUUUUACUCAAGAAAAUGGUAUGUAGAAUGCGUUAAUUAGCCCUCUUGAAACUUAAACUUUGGUAUUGAAACUUGUUGAUUAUAGUUAACAUCAGGGUUGUUGAAUUGA